AUGAAGGGCUUCGAAAUUGAAUUAGAUCUAGAUGCUGAGCAUAUUAUGUGGAUGUACCAUCUCAGAUUCUUCAUUGAUUUAAAGAGAAAAUAUGAUACAUUUGUGAAAUUCAGAGGGAGCAAGGCAUUUUUAGAAGGGACCGAUUAGCAUAGGGUUUAGUGUGCAGUCUAGAAUGCAAUGAGUAAGGCUAAGCGUGAGUUUAUGUAUGAUUUAUUGAUGCAAUCAAAUAAUCCUGACGAGAAUUAUGGGCCAUACAUGGAUUUGUUAUCCAAUCAGAAGUAUGAGUCGAUUCGAAAGGAGCAUAAUGGGUUGAUCAUAUUCACUAAGAAGCAAUUCAUGCUAAUUAAGCAAGAGUUGAAUGAAAAAUUCGGGUAUAUGGGUCAAUUUUCAAGACAAUAUCCCUUAAAUUAUGUGAUCAUUUUCUUGCCUUCUAGCAAAAAAACUUAGUUGAUUGAGAGCAUAAAUUACUUGGUUGACAAUAUUCGUAACAAUAUCGAUUAAGGGAUUACGCCUCAAAAUACAGCAUACUAUAGUUACAGGGCUCGGGAUUUGGCAGUGAGAAAUGUUUAUAAAAAGUUUUAUUCAAUGAAGAUGAACGAUGUGCAAGCAAUUCAAAUAUUUUUGAUAUUUGACAUAAGGAGAAUGGAGGAGUACUUCAAAGUGUCAUUUACAUUGAAAGAUUACCAGAGUUAUGUUAUGUUGGUGAUUUAAGGAUCAUCUGAUUUAGGAUGUUAGGAAGCAAUGUCAACAUUGGAGAAUCAUCUGAAGAACAAGAUUCUAUUUUAGAUAUCAAAGGAGCAAAGCAAUAUAUUAAAUGGGAUCGAUUGUAAAAUAGUGAAGAUGGAGGAAAUAGAAGAAAUCGGCAAUCGAUUGGAUUAAUGUUUUGGAACAGAGAUCUUGAAGAGGAUUACGCAUAACCUAUAGAAAAAUGAUUUCGUAUUUACAGAGAUAGCAUUAUGGCAUUAUUGUAGAUAAAAGUAGAUGAAUGAGGAGAAUAACCAAUUAUCUAGAUUUACUAAUAGUUAUUAUCAUAGUGAAGUUGAUAAACAGAUCGACAGUCAAUUGAUACAGCAAGACAUCAGUAUAAUAGAGUAGGUGGAUUCCUAAGAGAUCUUGCCUUUCAAGAAUAAUCAAAAUAGUGAUUCUAAAGUGAUCUUGCCAAUCAAAUAGCAGAUUGAGAAACAAGAACUCCUCCAAUAGCUAGACCCUCAGUCCUCUGAAGAAGAGGAACAGUAGGAUAUGAAAUAGUUGAAGAUUAUCAAAAAUCACAAGAUUGAGACUUUGUAGGAUAAGAUAGUUGUGGAGUUCUUCAAUUAUAAGGAGAAAUCCAAGUUGUACCUCUUUCUAAACAAUUUUGAUGAAGGACAAUUCUAGUCAGAUUUUGAUGCAUAUUGUUCAACUAAUUACUGUUUUCCUUAUGUCAUUCAACCAGAUUAUAGUGAAUAAAAUCAAUUGAAGUUCAUUAUCGAACUCUUAAAUAGUAACGAUAAGAAUGAUAUAGCGUAGAUUAUUGAUUUCUUGGAUCAUUAUAUGAAUUGUUAGAUUAUAUUGGGAAUCAAAAAUGUUAAGCGAUUGGAAUAGGGAGAUCAAGAGAUGUUGGAUGAGUUGUGUGAUGACUAUAAUUGCAACUUGAAGAUCUACAAUUGUGAUUUAAGUGCAAAAUAGGUUGGAUGGUAAAAGAUUGAUGCUUAGCCCCAAGAGAAUUAGAAUGGGAAGGAUAUCGUCUUUAUAUUUUCUAAUGUGAUCCAUUGUUUUAUCGAAUAAUUGAAAGAGAAAGUGAAUGGUCUCAAUUAGUUUAGCAAGAAAACCAUAGUCACUUUACUCUUCUAGUCCCAAUUUGAACACGCUUGUAAACAAGGGGAAAUUAAGAAGCUUAACCAGUUUGCUCAAUUUCGCUUUGAUGAUUGCUAUUGGACGGCAAUUACAGCAAAGGAUCCCAAGGCAAUUAUUGAAAAUAUCAAAGAGAACGAUUCUAAGAUAUUUAAGACACUCUUGGGGAAACAGCCUGUGAUUUAGAAUGAUCCUAUCAUAUUGGCCAAGGAAGGAGAGGAAAGGGACUUCUAUGAUGUGUAUAUUCCUGAACUGUAUUGCAAUUACUACGAGAAAUUAAGGAGAGAUUAUUUGGAUCAUCAAUAUACAGAGGAGGAAUGGAAGUAAGUGCAAGUAGAUUCGAGUGAAAAAUCAUUUUGUGUAGAUGUGACUGUGUUAGGGAUACCGCCUACUCAUUUGGAACCAAUAAUUGAAAUUAUAGAUAAUGUAGAAAGGAAAGGAAAGGUGAUUGAGAGCAUAAACAAUUUGUAGAAAGGAGUCUAUCUACUUGGGAAGACUAGAAAUGUGAAUUCUGAGACAUUCGAUUUGACCAUGAACAAUCAUAUCAUCAGUUCCAUAGUAAACAUCAAAUGAUUAAUAUAUAUAACUAUUAUCAUCAAUAAUGCAUUUUAA